GUGCGCGCCGGGGUUGGUGGCUUACAGCUCCGCAGUUCCCCUACUGUCUCGUCUUUUUUCUUUGGUGGAUAACUUGCUGCUGUCCGACAGAAUCAUGACUCUGGAGGAAGUCCGCGGCCAGGAGACAGUCCCAGAAAGCACGGCCAGGAUGCAGAGCGCUGGGAAAGCGCUGCACGACCUUUUGCUGUCCGCACAGCGCCAGGGCUGCCUCACCGCCGGCGUGUACGAGUCCGCCAAGGUCCUGAACGUGGACCCCGACAACGUAACUUUCUGUGUGCUGGCCGCCGACGAGGAGGACGAGGGCGACAUCGCGCUGCAGAUCCACUUCACGCUCAUCCAGGCUUUCUGCUGCGAGAACGAUAUUGACAUCGUGCGGGUUGGCGACGUGCAGCGGCUGGCGGCCAUCGUGGGCGCGGGCGACGAGGCGGGCGCGCCAGGCGACCUGCACUGCAUCCUCAUCUCGAACCCCAAUGAGGAUGCGUGGAAAGACCCCGCCUUAGAGAAGCUCAGUCUGUUCUGCGAGGAGAGCCGCAGCGUCAACGACUGGGUGCCCAGUAUCCCCCUCCCCGAGUGACGGUCCUGUCGCGGAGACCUUUGUCUGAUCAACGUGGCGUGAUGCACCGGGCGCCUAACGCGUGGCUGAGUCUGGCGAUUCAGCCCUAGGAGGGAGCCGGAAUGAGUCGUUGGACUGGCAGGCGGUGGCGCUUGGAGAAGGGUGAGCAGGAGUGGGCCGCGGCGGCGGCGGCGAGAGGCAGGCUCGCCUGGAGCUGAGGAACUUUGCAAGUGUCAGGAGCUGCUGCUCCCCGAAGGCCGAGGCUGGGACGUCGGCGGCAGGCGGCUGGGAAGGAGGACUGGCUGAGCAGGCGUGACUCAGCAGCCCGCGCCUGCAGGAACUAGGGGAAAGGCGAGGCGACUGUGAACUCAAUACAGUUACAGGAUUUGUGACGAACUCAGCAGACUUGCGCUGCCUUUUCAAAACGGAUCUGGGCGAUGAUUCGUGUUUUAAAGGAUGCAGCUGUGGAAGCUUUGAAUUUACAAUAAACUUACUGAAACACAUUUAUUCUCUUUAUUGAGGGCAAGGGAGUCUUUGCUGCUGGGGAGGGUGGUCACGGGUUUCAGAUGAUCACU